AUGCGCAGGAGGCCAGGUGCCUGCCGGCUUGAGAAGCCGGUAGCAUCGCAGGCGUCCGGCGUCCUCAUGGUGCUGUGUCAGGGCGGCGAGGCCGCCGCCGUUUCAGCAGCGGGCGGGAAGGAGCCAGAGGUGCCGCUGAGUCAGGAGGAUGGUGCGGGUACGGGGCAGCCUUGCCUGUGCCCGGCGGCCGGCAUAGAGGCGGCAGGCGCCGAGGAGCGCCGUGUUUGUGGCUGCUGUUCGGGCUUGCCUUGGCCGCGCUGCUGCAAGGCACCUGGUGAGGAGGGGGAGACUAAGAAAGCAUGUCCAGGACUUGGUCUGUUUUACACCGUACUGUCUGCCUUCCUUUUCUCAGUGGCCUCUUUAUUUCUUAAAAAAAUAGAAGAUGUACAUUCAGUGGAAGUGAGUGCAUUUCGAUGUGUUUUCCAAAUGGCAUUCGUUCUUCCGGGUUUAAUAUACUACAAAACAGGGUUUUUGGGACCAAAAGGUAAAAGAAUUUUUCUUUUCUUCCGAGGACUCCUUGGCUCUAGUGCAAUGAUCCUUAUCUACUAUGCCUUCCAAGUCAUGCCACUAGCUGAUGCCACUGUUAUAACUUUUAGCAGUCCUGUUUUUACAUCGUUGCUGGCAUGGAUCUUUCUUAAAGAGAAAUACAGUCUUUGGGAUCUUCUGUUUACCCUCUUCGCAGUCACUGGAGUGGUUCUUAUUGCCAGACCACCGUUUCUGUUUGGGUCAAACAUUACAGGGAUUGAAGGAAGUUACACAGACCACAUUAAAGGAACUAUAGCAGCAAUUACAAGCACAGUAUCUGGAGCUUCGACUUUUGUUAUAAUAAGGAAGGUGGGAAAAUCUGUGCAUUAUUUUUUGUCAAUUUGGUAUUAUGCAGUCAUUGGUUUAAUUGGAUGUGUCAUAGCGUUAUUUGUUAUGAAUGAAUGGAGUUUACCAUCGUGUGGCAGAGAUAGGGUUCUUCUAAUAUUAAUAGGACUGUUAGGGUUAGGGGGUCAGAUAUUUCUCACAAAAGCAUUACAAAUAGAGAAAGCUGGACCUGUAGCCAUAAUGAAAACUAUGGAUGUGGUGUUUGCUUUUAUUUUACAGAUUCUUUUUCUCAAUCACUUGCCGACCUGGUGGACUGUGGGUGGUGCCCUUUGUGUAGUAGCUAGCAGUUCUGGAACUGCCAUUCGUAAGUGGCGGCAAAGCUUGAAAAAAGCUAAACAAAAUGAAAUCUGA